AGCACGUAGGUGUGAUCUUGACAUCUUGUACAACAACACCAAAGUCUCACCAAUACAACUUUUAUCUUUAGGCCAAAAUUAGACAAGAUCGUGUUUACCACACUGUCUGAUCUUUCCGACAUAAUCCCUCAUCUAACACUCCCCUUAAGUACUUGUCCAUCUUUUCUCUUUUCUUAAUCUCCCUUCUCAAACCCUAAACCCCGUACCGGACCAUGACGCCUUUCUUCAUUUUGUGUCUCUCCGUGAUACUAUUCUUAUGUCAGUCCUUGGUUGGAGCCGUUAACAAAGGCUAUUACGGGUAUAACUCGGUGGCCAGCUACCUACCCGAGAAACCUCAGAACAUCAUGAAUCCGGUGGACUCGUGUUGGCGGCUCAAGUCUGACUGGACGGCCAACCGCAAAGAUUUAGCCGAUUGUGCGGUUGGGUUUGGUUCAUCUGCCUUGGGCGGCAAGAAAGGCAGUAUAUAUGUUGUCACCAACCCUAAUGAUAAUGCAGCGAACCCUCAACCCGGUUCUCUGCGAUACGGUGUGAUCCAAGACAAGCCGCUGUGGAUCACUUUCGCUAAGGAUAUGGUCUUAACCUUAGAGAAUGAGCUCAUGGUCAAUAGCUACAAGACCAUCGAUGGGAGAGGGGCAAAAGUGGAAAUUGCGUACGGACCUUGCAUUACGAUACAAGAAGUGACGAACGUAAUUGUGCACGGGAUCAGUAUCCACCACUGCAAACCGGGUAAGUACGGAAUGGUGAGGAGUAGCACAACGCACGUAGGUCAUCGAAAGGGAUCGGACGGUGAUGCUAUCGCGAUUUCCGGUUCGUCUAAUAUUUGGAUCGACCAUUGUUACCUAGCGAGUUGUACGGACGGUCUUAUCGAUGUGAUUCAUGCUUCCACGGGAAUAACUAUUUCCAACAACUAUUUUACUCAGCAUGAUAAAGUGAUGUUGCUUGGACACAACGAUGAUUUCGUGCAAGAUGUGAAAAUGAAAGUGACCGUUGCAUUCAAUCAUUUUGGACCAGGACUUGUGGAGAGAAUGCCAAGGGUACGACGAGGGUACGCUCAUGUGGCAAACAAUAGAUACGAUAAAUGGAUAAUGUAUGCAAUUGGUGGUAGCGCCGAUCCAACCAUUUUCAGUGAAGGCAACUAUUUCAUUGCUUCUGAUAAUUCUAACAGCAAAGAGGUGACAAAGAGAGAAGUGAAAGGAGGGUGGAACAAUUGGAGAUGGAGAACUUCAAAAGACGUUUUCAAGAACGGCGCUUACUUCGUUCCUUCUGGUUACGGCAGCGUUGCGCUUCCAUAUAGUUCUGCUCAGCGAUUUCCAGUCGCUCCAGGGAACUUGGUUCCUUCUCUAACCGUAGGCGCUGGCCCUCUUAACUGCUAUCCCAACCGCCCAUGUUAUUAGUAUUGAAGAGCUAAGCGUAAAUGCAAUGGAAAAUGUCACAUGUGUGUGUAUACAUACUCUUUUCGAUGUAUCUUAUUUUUGGUAUAUCCCAUUAUUUUCUUAGUUUAUACUUUAUACCGUUUAAUAUGUUUCGGUCUGCUGCGCGCUUUUACUACAUCAUAUGUGGUUAUGAACGAUGAGAUACAUUAAGAGUUUGUUGCACCAAAUGCAUAUAUUGAUUGAUUAUUUAUGUGUAUACAUUUAUAAUUGGAAAGUUUUUCUUAUAGCCAAGAUUACAUUUUUUUCUUAGCAAAGAAAAGAAAGAUACACAUAUCAAAUUAGUUUAGUAACGUUAUUUAGUUUUUCUUAUUAUAUUCGAGUCUUGUUAGUUUGGUAACGUUAUUUAGUUUUGAAACAACCAACAUUAGUAUUAAUUGGUCAGCCUGGUUUAUAUCAUCAUUUCUCUUUUUCUUUAUACUAAAAAAUUGUAAUAUUAUAAGAUUCGGCAGCAGAUCCAAGAAAAAGAAGCAAAACAAGGAUCGGCGGAUCAAAUAAAAUAAACCAAGAAAACAGAUUUUAUAACCAAAUUUUGUCAGAUGAGCAGAAAGCCAUGGGACCGGUCCGCGAAAUUCCAUAAAUCGGAGACCU